AUGAAUCCAGAAGAUUAUGAAACACUUCCCACUGACAAUGUUUCUACGCACAUGAUUGCCGGAGCAAUUGCUGGGGUUAUGGAACAUUGCAUAAUGUAUCCCCUAGAUUCCGUUAAAACCAGAAUGCAGUCUUUGACAACAGCAUCAACAGGAAUCAGUGAAACAUUAUCAAAGAUGGUUAGACAUGAGGGUCUCUUGAGGCCUGUGAGAGGAAUGUCUGCCAUGGUAGUGGGGGCUGGUCCUUCACAUGCCUUAUAUUUUAGUAGUUAUGAAUAUUUGAAGAAAACUUUCACUAGACACACAAAUUCUGACAGGUACAACACACUCAUAUUUGGUUCUGCUGGAUGCAUAGCCACACUCAUUCAUGAUGGUUUCAUGAACCCUGCAGAGGUGGUGAAGCAAAGGAUGCAGAUGAUCAAUUCUCCUUACAAAACGGCGUUGACAUGCGCCGUCAGCAUUUACCAGAAGGAAGGUUUCCGAGCAUUCUACAGAUCGUACACGACGCAGCUGACGAUGAACGUGCCCUUCCAGAGCAUCCACUUCGUCAUCUACGAGCUGUCGCAGCAGUUCCUCAACCGCGACAGGUCCUACAAUCCGGCGGCGCACAUGGCCAGCGGCGCACUGGCGGGGGGCGUCGCUGCCGCCGUCACGACGCCGCUCGACGUCUGCAAGACACUGUUGAACACGCAGCAGGCGGGUACCGCCUCGGGACUGACGCAGGCCAUCAAGACGGUGUACAGGUUGGGAGGCGUGUCCGGCUAUUUCAGAGGUUUGCAAGCCCGGACGAUGUACCAAAUGCCGGCGACGGCCAUCUGCUGGUCCACCUACGAGUUCUUCAAGUACGCCCUGGGCACCACCACCACGCGGACCGCCCAACCCCUCCUCGGCAGUGAGGCCAGGCCGGAUCCCUCCCCCAUAGAGCCCACCCCAGUAGAACCGCCCUCCGAGAAGUACAACCUGAAGCCACGCGAGCUGCCCGCCAUGUCCAGCACCGGCCUCUCGAUAUCGUUCAACACGAUGCACAAUGCGGAGUACAAGCAGAAGAAGGACAUUUUGGACGUGUGUCACACAUAGUACGGUCGUGAUGAUUUUUGAUACUGUACAAAUUGUUAUGUGUAUGCGAGAGUCGACAGGCAUGUCAUUCGUUACCGCUAGACGAAGCUUAAGUUUCAAGCAACGAUACAUAGUUAGUCGGAAACAAAAAGUACUUUUCGUGAGUCGAAGAAUAAUUGACAAUACUGAGAUUGUAUAGAUAUGUAAAAAGAUUUUUUAUAAUAUGCUGUAAAUAGAAGAAGGCUCAU